CUCAGCCCACGCUUGACGAAAUCCGCUUACGAACACAUCUACCUAAGCAGUGUCUCCUUCAGCCUUCUUUGGUUUCAGUCGAUUUUCUGGGAUUUGAGGUGCACUGGUGGAGAAUUCUUGGCUUUUCCAUUUCACAUUUACAAUAUUCAGCUAUCCUAUUUUCUAUAUUGUCAUUACCAAAAGUUAUUGCCUAGGCAACAAGAUAUAUGGCCCGUGCAGGAACCAUAACUUGUUUUAUUCAGACAUUUAGGCAAUAGUUCAGUGCAUUGAAUAACUUAAGAGUGCAAGCAAGAUGGAGGACUGGGAGGAUGAGCCAGUUCCACCUGUUCUCAGAAAGGAGCAACCUAAGAACUUAUGGGAUGAUGAAGAUGUAGAUGACAGUGAUGUGAAGGAUUCUUGGGAGGAUGAAGAUGAGCCCACACCGGCACCUGCUCCAGAACCUCCUGCAAAUAAGAUCCCAAACAAACCAACAGCUAAAGUCAGUGAAAAAAAGGGAAAAACUACAGAAGUAAAAGUCCAAGAGGCCCUGGAUCCUGUUGCUGAAAAGCUUCGCCAACAAAGACUUGUUGAAGAAGCGGACUAUAAAUCCACUACAGAACUUUUUGCAAAGAGAGGUGAUGAGAAGACACUUGAUAAUUUCAUUCCUAAAUCUGAGAGUGACUUCUUAGAGUAUGCAGAGCUUGUUUCAUAUAAACUCCAACCAUAUGAGAAGAGCUUCCAUUACAUAACCCUACUCAAAACGGUAUUGAGACUCUCAAUGACUGCUCUGAAAGCAGCAGAUGCAAAGGAAGUUGCAUCAUCAAUCACAGCGAUUGCAAAUGAAAAGCUUAAGGCAGAGAAAGAAGCUAAUGCGGGUAAAAAGAAGACAGGUGCCAAGAAGAAACAGCUUCAUGUUGAGAAGCAAGAUGAUGAUGUUAUAGUUGAUACUUAUGAUGCCCUAGAUGAUUAUGAUUUCAUGUAAGUGCUUGUAGGAAUUGUACCUUUUCUAUAUUUUCAACUGUAGAUUGGGAUACAACAGUUCCAUUUAUAAGCCAAAGAAGCAGAUGGGAAUCCAAAGGCCUUGUGUCCCUUGACCACUCUCCAAUUCCUGAAGAUCAAUUUGAGUGUGUUCUGAUUUGCGGUUUGUUAAAUAAGACAAAGAGGGUCUUGGGUUAUUAUUGUUUGGCGGUCAGUUUCUUUUUCAUGUUUAGUUACUUGAUCUACAUGUUUUUUUUACAGUAUGAUGUGUCAUGUAUGGACCAGAUAUAUCAAAUAUUACAUUACAGAUUUAGAAGUAUUCAGCACUGAAUGUGUUCUCUCUCU